AUGAGGGUCUCUUAUGAUGCGGAGUCAUGGCGCUGACAUGAGCGAAGACAAAACAGACACACUAGCAAAGUUAAACGCUAAAUAGGGAUAUAGGACAGAUUAUACCGAUCUUUCAAACUAUCCGAGGCGGAUAGCAACCGAAAUCGUUAACGGCUUGAUUCGAUGAAUCCGGAGUUCUGACCAGACGUACGCCAAGAGAAAAACAAGCUAUGGAGAAACCAGUUUUACAAACGCAGCCCUCUAUGCUGCCCUUCUUUGACGCGGCCCACGCUGUCAACUUGCUCCGUGGCAUCCACGAGCUCCGUGCUGAGCGCAAGUUCUUCGACGUCACGUUGUGUGCUGAAGGCAAAGAGUUCCACUGCCAUCGAACUGUGCUAGCAGCUGCCAGCACCUACUUCCGUGCCAUGUUUGCUGGUACACUGCGAGAGAGCGCCAUGGACCGUGUGGUGCUACAUGAAGUAUCGGCUGAACUGUUGGGCCUGCUUGUGGACUUUUGCUACACGGGUCGCGUGACCGUCACACACGACAAUGUUGACCUCCUGCUCAAGACGGCGGAUCUCUUCCAGUUCCCAUCUGUCAAAGAAGCAUGCUGCGCAUUCCUGGAGCAGAGACUUGAUGUUUCCAACUGCUUAGAGAUCCAGGACUUCGCAGAAGCUUACGCCUGUCGUGAGCUUGCGACUAGCGCACGCCGUUUCGUGCUGAAGAACAUUGUGGAGCUGGCGAAGAGCAUGGACUUUGAACGGUUGUCUUGGAAGAGGCUACUGGAGUUUGUGUCUGAUGACGGACUGUGUGUGGAUAAGGAAGAAACGGCGUACCAGAUUGCCGUGCGCUGGGUUAAAGCCGACUUGCAACACCGGUUGCAUUACUGGCCUGAGUUGUUGCAGCAAGUACGCCUACCGUUUGUUCGCCGUUUUUACCUUCUGGCCCAUGUGGAGAGUGAUCCACUGGUCUACUUGUCGCCAGCCUGUUUACGGUUAGUCAGUGAGGCACGCAGCUUUCAGUCUUACGAAUAUGACCGCCAUGACCGACCCAGCCAUCGCAUGCGCCCACGUCCGUCCACCGGCCUAGCCGAGAUUCUGGUGGUGGUAGGAGGAUGUGAUCAAGACUGUGAUGAGCUUGUUACUGUGGAUUGUUACAACCCACAGACUGGACAGUGGAGAUACUUAGCAGAAUUCCCAGACCACCUUGGAGGUGGCUACAGCAUAGCCGCCCUGGGCAAUGACAUUUACGUGACAGGUGGCUCAGAUGGAUCACGUCUUUAUGACUGCGUUUGGCGAUACAACUCCAGUGUGAAUGAGUGGACGGAGGUCUCCCCCAUGCUGAAAGCCAGAGAGUACCACAGCUCUUGUGUCCUGAGGGGUCAACUUUAUGUGGUAGCCUCUGACAGCACAGAACGCUAUGAUCAUACUCUAGACUGCUGGGAGGCUCUUCCACCCAUGCCACAUCCCAUGGAUAACUGCUCUACUACAGCAUGUAGGGGACGGCUCUAUGCUAUUGGCUCCUUAACCGGAGAGGACACAAUGGCAAUUCAAUGCUACGAUGCUGAAAGCAACCGUUGGUCACUAGUCAACGGGGGAGAACUGCCUCCAUGGUCCUUUGCCCCCAAAUCAGUGACUCUAAAUGGGUUGAUCUACUUUGUAAGGGAUGAUUCAGCAGAAGUAGAUGUCUACAACCCACAGAAAAACGAAUGGGAUAAGAUUAGUCCCAUGACACAAGUUCAUGUUGGAGGCAGUGUAGCAGCUCUGGGUGGUCGACUAUAUGUAUCCGGUGGCUAUGACAACACUUUCGAGCUCUCUGACGUGGUGGAGGUCUACGAACCCUCUACUCGAUCUUGGACCCCAGCUGGCCGGCUCCCCCAGCCCACCUUCUGGCACGGAAGUGUCAGCAUAUUCCGACAGUUCAUGCCUCUUGUUCCAAGCACCUUCGAACCCAUCGACAUACCCGAGGCCAACGCCAUCCACCUCCACAGACACCACCGCAACCAGGCACUUCACAACCACAACAACAAUGUCAAUCAGAACCGCAACCAAGAUGUCAAUGAAGUGCGUUGAGAACGUUUUCGAAACGUGAGACUGAAGGUCAUUCAAUGUGACGUCGCUACUAGGUGUUUUGCACUUUAUGACAUAUUCACCUCAACUGGGCAGCAAAGGGAGCUGGUGAAUGGACAAUCAAUGUUUGCAUUUUUUUCUCCCAGUAACCCAGUGUUACUACAGCUUUAAUUGUUGCAUGCAUUUCUAAUGCUGACUGUGUUUACCUUGAACAGAGACUUGAGUGAAGUGACUCAUGAAAUAGUGCCUGGCGAAUUUCAAGCAAUCCAUACCUUGGAAAUUGCAUGAAGGUUAUGCUCAUUUUUCUUUUUUUAAUUUAUUUUAUAAAUCAGCAUGGACCUCUUAAAGUGAUCCACAACAUUGUAACUUCAAGUCAAGAUCCCCAAAAAUAUAGUAUACCAAUAACCUAAUGUGAAUUAAAAUUUUGAGACCCCAAUCAUUCCAAAAGGUUAAAGCUUGGAUCACGUAGACUGUAGAUGCAUGUUUGUAGCGUGAUUGGACAGUACUCUGCAAUGUGGAAAACUAAUGGUAUUUUAUAUACACAGAGAAAAGUCUGAAUUUAAAUAUUUAGGAGAAUCUGAGAUUUUCCAAAAACAACAUAAUUUUGUUUGACAAACAAACAACUCUGUCCCAGCAUAACCCAUUGUUUAAUGUUCAUCAUACUAGAAUGACAUAUUUCAGACAAUCUAGCGUGCAUGCAGUGGUCACAUUUUUUUUGUGAAUUUGUAUCGGACUUGCUUUUAAACUCUCAUAUUUUAAUAUUAAAUUAAGUUUAUGAUUAUCUAGUUAUUGUUUAUUUUAGAGGAAAGUACACUACCAGUCAAAAGUUUUUGAACGGUAAGACUUUAAAGAAGUCUCUUCUGCUCACCAAGCCUGCAUUUAAUUUUAUAAUAACUGCUUUCCGUUUGAAUAUAUUUUAAAAUGUAGAAAAAGUUACAGAAAUUAAUACUUUUGUUUAGCAAGGAUGCUUUAAAUUGAUCAAAAGUGAUAUUAUGUUACAAAAGAUUUCUAUUUCAGGUCAGCGCUGUUCUUCUGAACUUUCUAUUCAUCAAAGUAUCCCGAAAAAAUUCUAUUCAGAAUAUUAGAAUAAUUUCUGAAGGAUCAUGUGACUGAGGAAUGAUGCUAAAAAUUCAGCUUUAAAAUCACAGGAAUGAAUUGCAUUUUAUAAUAUUUUAAAUAGUAAAAAUAUUUCAAAAUGACUGUUUUUGCUGUACUUUGGCUCAAAUAAAUGCAGACUUGGUGAGCAGAAUAGACUUCUUUAAAAAACUUUUCAAAAACCGUUCAAAAACUUUUGACUGGUAGUGUAUGUAAAAUGUAAGAAACAGCUUGUGUUUACUAAGCUGUCUGUGAUCAUGAAGAAAUGUGAGGAAGAGAUGAAGGCAUUGUGUUUUUGUCAAAUUGUAUUCGGAUGCUGUACUAAUAACUGGAAGUAGUAAUUCAGUAUCUCGUUAUUCUUGAGUAAAUAUAUGUGUUUGACAAUACCAGUACUUAUGAAACUAAUUAUUUACGACACGCUUAAGCGGUACUUGAUGUUUAUUUUAUUUUUCUUACAGAAAGUUUUGUUUGUUUUGUGGCCAAAAUUAUUUGUACAAUACAGACAAGGCGAUGAUUUGUGUAAUGUUUGUUUGUGUGGUCAACCAAUAAAUGACUGCCAGCACUGUUA